CGCAGAGAGCUGCUUUUCAAAGAUGGCGCUGCACGGUAGUCCAGUAAGACCAGCUCUCUGUUAUCACCUGUAAGACUACGACCUGAAAAAGAUAGAUCCAAAAGCUAUAUUAGAACACAGAAGACAUUCCAAUAGUAUCGGACUAGCCUGUCUUGGCAUUAGUGAAGUAAAAUGCCUUCUCCCAAAGCGCGGAGCAGCGCGGCGCGCAGCGGCAGUGUUCCGUGCGCCGGUGGAAACGGGCGCUACGAGUUCGUCUCUCUGAGCCGGACUCCCCCGCCGCACCUGCUGCAGAGGCAGGGCUCCGAUCCCACCGCGGCCCGGCUCCGAGCAUCCGAGAGCCCCAGCCGGCGACGCGGCUCGGGGUCGUCCACCUCCUCCACCGGCGGGCAGCAGUUACCGGAGGAAGACUGUAUGAAACUGAACCCGUCCUUCAUUGGGAUCGCGCUCAGCUCUCUGCUGGCCAUCGACCUGUGGCUGUCGAAGCGCCUCGGGGUGUGCGCCUGUGAGGACGCGUCCUGGGGCAGCGUGCGGCCGCUCAUGAAGCUCGUCGAGAUCUCCGGACACGGGAUCCCGUGGCUGGCCGGUGCCGUCUACUGCCUGUACAAAAGCGACAGCGCCGCCGGUCAGGAGGUCAUGCUGAACCUGCUCAUGGCCUUGGUUCUGGACCUGGUCCUGGUCGGCAUGAUGAAAGCUCUAGUACGGCGACGGCGUCCUGCCCAUAACCGUAUGGACAUGUUUGCCACGUUCUCUGUGGAUGGCUAUUCCUUCCCAUCAGGCCAUGCCACACGUGCUGCAAUGUGUGCCCGCUUUCUAUUGGCCCAUCUGGUGCUGGCAGCCCCACUCCGCGUUCUUGUCCUGCUCUGGGCCACAUUUGUUGGUUUUUCUAGAGUUCUCCUUGGACGCCAUCACGUGACGGAUGUCACGUUUGGUUUCCUCAUGGGCUACUGGCAGUAUAAUUUGGUUGAGAUGCUCUGGUUGUCUCCAGUCAUGUUGCAAAGCACGAUUGGACAGCUUCAAUGAGAAGCUAAGACUGAGGUCCCCAUUAUUUGAGGAUCUAGACACAUUUGUUUGCUGCCAGUAUGCUGGUAAUAAUUCCUUAAUGUCUGUCAAGUUGCUUUAUGUGCAUGAGUUUAUCACGUUUUCUUGAAUGUAAAGUCACAUAUCUUCUGCCAGUAAUAUCCAAGGUUUUAGGUUCACAUUAGAACAGAUACAUGAGUUUAAGUUGGAGAAGUGUAAACAGGUUUCACUUGUUUUCCAUCACUUGAAGUUAUUUCUCUACUUCUUCAGUCAGUACUGUAAUAGAUUAUUCCAGUCUUAAUGAAUCAGCUGCCAUCCUGUUCUGCUCUUUUGAGGAUUGGUCCUUAUCAAAGGAGGAUGGAUGGGGCGACCUCUGGCUUCUAACAUCAUUGUUCUUGAUUACAGAAUAAAACCUCACCAUUGUGAUACUACAUUUUUAUAACACCUGCAACACUAGGCAUCGUCUUGAAGAUUUGGCUUCCAUUUUAAUUAAACACCAGUCAGAUCACUAAUUAACAUGAAAAGCUCUUCAUGAAUGAAUAUUUAAUUAAACAAGGGAAUAGGAUUUGAAAUUUCAGUGCAGAUCUAAUACCUUUAGGGUAUGCGGCGUCCUCAAUAGACAUUCACAGGGGAGUAGUUCUGUUAUAUCUG